AUGUCUUCUCGACAUCGUCACGUUCGCGAGGAGGAAGAAGAUGCGAAGAAGAAACAUCACGCGACGAAGAAAACCAAACUCGAGUACACGAUCGCACGUUGCCGCGAAAACCCACGGAGAUAUUCCCCGUACGUGCGCGAGUUUUUGCGUUCGAACGCGUGCAAAGAGAUGCGAGAAAAUGCGUUGUUCGAUUCCUGGAUGAGAAAAUCUUCACUGGUGAAGGAAAUCGAGGAAGCGACGGCGUGUUUGAAACAGAUCGAACGAGUUUUGAUGAAGAAGAAGAAGAAGAGAGGAGUAUUAAUUGAGGAAGAGGAGGCUUUGAGGAGUAACGGCGGCGAAGGGCUGACGUUCGUGGACCUGUGUUCCGGGAAAGGUUUUUUGUCCAUCGCGUUAUCGUUCGCGUUCCCGAACGCGAGAGUGGAGAUGAUGGACCGAGACGAAAGCGCGAACGUGGAGCACGUGGAGGCGAUGAAAAACGUGACGUUUCGUCGCGUGGACGUGACGUCGGAGGAGUGCGAGAAGAUUGUGGAGGACGCGGCGAAUACGUCAAAGUUUGUGUUUAUUUGCGGGGUACACUUGUGCGGGGAUUUGUCUCGAGUGGCUAUUCGUUUGUGGAGAAACGUGAGACGAAGGAUGGACGGUCGAGCGGCGAUUGUGUUAUCGCCGUGUUGUUUGCCGCAGAGGAGAAGGCACGACGCGUUUGGAUUUCACGUGAAAGAUCAGGCCAGAGCACUUAAAGUAGAUAACUACCGUUUGUGGUGCAUAUUUUUAUCUUUAGAGAUGCGGAGAUGUUUGAUGGAAGAUGGAGGAGGAGGAGGCGGCGGCGGCGGCGUGCACAUGGUGCAAGACGAGUUCAUGUCCGGCGUCAAGAAUACGUUUUUGACGUGUUGCUGCGCGGAAUGUCCUCCUCUCCCUGCUGUUUGUUCCGGUGAAUCCGAAUCCAAGACGAACGGAAACAAGGCAGGGAUAUCCGCAUCUAUACUUCAAGCGUCUCGAUGGAAGAUAUCGAGGACGUAG